UUUCCGCGUGCCGACGUCAUUGCCAAGUUCGCCGAUCAUCGGAAGCAGCAACAGAACCUCUUAAUCAGUAUUCAAUAUGUUGGACGAGCGAUCGGAGCUCGAGGCGCUGCGUGAGAUUUAUUACCUAACUGAUGGUUCUUCCGGACGAAACUGGCGCAAGUUGCUCGCCCUGGGCGACUCCCUAGAUCAGCAGCUCAAGCGCAAGCUGCUCUGGAUGUGGCCCACUUCGGUGGACCUGGAUUACUUCAAUCAGCUCCUGGCCAUGCAUCACAUUCAUCGUAUUUUAAGCAUAGGCUGCGGCAGUGGUCUCCUCGAGUGGCUAAUGACUGCUUCUGGUGGACGGAAAGUGUCCAUGUUUGGCCUGGAAGUCGACCGCAACUGGUGGCAGAGCAAGUACUCCGUUCGCAGCUUCAUACCCCUGAACUACGUGGAGGAUGCUGGCCAACUGGAUGCGGAUCUGUUGACCAGCUGCUGUAAUAACAACCCUCCUUGUGCCUUGCUCUUUUGCUACUUUAACAAUCGUGGUGCAUUCCUGGACUACCUUAAGGUGUUCCCGGGAAAGUGGCUGAUACUGAUUGGACCACUGCCCGCCCGGGGUAUCCACACGGAUCCCAAUCCGGUGUAUCCCCAACUGCCCGAAGACCAGUGGAUCCUGCGAGAACGCCUCAACUGGACUGAUCACAACAUUGUGGCGUUCUACGAGAAGAUAAUCUAG